AGCACGAUUUGCGCAGUCACCACUCGCCAAAACACCAUUGCAUCUGCACUACCAUUUGCUAGUUGCUACCUAUAUAUAUAUCCAGAUCUUGCAUAUCCUCUUUGUCUAGUGUUUCAGGUCUCGCCUGCUCUGCCAAUUAAUCGAUCUCAGCAUAUCUAGCGAGCAACGCGGUAGCGCCAGGAAACUUGGAAGUAACACUGCGCCAGCGCAGCAUGUCACGCGGCUCUGACGUGAUGCUGCUGCUCUUGGUAGCCCUCCAUGCGCUUCUGCCGGCAAUCGUCACUGAUGCCGCUCUGCAGGAAGGUUUCUACACGAGCAACACCAAUUGCACCGUCGACGUCGAGGCCACCGUGGUGAGCGUCGUCCAGCAGUUCAUCUCCGCGGAUCGUGGCGUCGGCGCUGGCCUCAUACGGCUCCACUUCCACGACUGUUUCGUCAAGGGUUGCGAUGGUUCGGUUCUCCUUGACCGGAGCCCUGCCAACCCGGACCCGGAGAAGGCGUCGCCGGCGAACGGCGGCCUCCGCGGGCUGGAGGUGAUCCAGGAAGCCAAGCGGCAGCUCGAGAGCGCGUGCCCGGGGACCGUCUCCUGCGCCGACAUCCUCGCGUUCGCCGCGCGCGACGCGUCCAACAUCCUGAGCUCCGGGGCGAUCAACUACGGCGUCCCGUCCGGCCGCCGGGACGGGCUCACCUCGGCGGCGUCCGACGCCAGCCAGAGCCUGCCCCCGCCGUUCGCGCAGCUCGACCGUCUCACGGAGCUCUUCGCCGCCAAGGGGUUCACGCAGGACGAGCUCGUCACGCUCUCCGGCGCGCACUCCGUCGGCCGCGCUCACUGCGCGUCCUUCUCGCAGCGGAUACACCCCAACGUCAGCGACACCAUGGACCAGGAGUACGGCGCCGGGCUGCAGCAGCAGUGCCCCGCCGACGCCGGGGACGACGGGGUGGCGCCGGUGGACCAGGACCAGGGCACACCGGCCGAGCUCGACAACCAGUAUUACAGGAACGUGAUCGACGGGAAGGUGCUCUUCAACUCCGACUGGGCGCUCAUCAGCGACGACACGACGAGACAGAUGGUGGCGGACAACGCGGGAAACCAGGCUCGGUGGGCGGCCAAGUUCAUCGACGCCAUGCGCAAGAUGGGCACCUUGGACGUGCUCACAGGCGACCAGGGCGAAGUGAGACGUUUCUGCAACGUCACCAAUAGCGGCUAACGGAGCUGGCCAUCGCCGGCGAACCAGCAGUGUGAAAAAUAGGGUCGUCAUGAUUCAUGAACGUACAUAAGGAUAUACGUAUAUUAUUUAGCUACGUACUGCAUUAUUUGUAAUCUGUUAACGUUUUUUUUAAGAGAUAAUAU